CGCGGCGAGCAAUUGAAAAUUCAGUAGCACCAAACCAGUGAAGAACACAAGCAUCCGAGCAAACGCGAUCGAGUUAGGUGUAGGAGGCGACCAUGGAGGCGGUGUUGAUGCAGCAGGCGGCGGCGGCGGCGGCGAGGCGGCCGUUCGCCGGGGAGGUGGUGGUGUUGGGUGGGAGGCGGCCGGGGCAGGUCCGGCUCGGGUUUUCGCGGCGGCGGUGGUCGGGUGGGGCGGUGCGAGCGAGGCUGGGCCCCGCGCGGGCGCGCCUCGCCGCCGAGCGGGGCGCGGAGGCGGUGGAGGAGGAGGAGGAGGAGGUGGCGGUGAGGCUGUUCGUUGGGCUCCCCGCGGACGUGGUCUCCGACGGCCACGCCGUGAACCGCGCCAAGGCCGUGUCGGCGGGGCUGCGCGCGCUGAAGCUUCUCGGCGUCGACGGCGUCGAGCUGCCGGUCUCGUGGGCCGUCGUGCAGCCCGGGUCCGGCGACCGGUUCGAGUGGGCGGGGUACCUCGCCGUCGCCGACAUGGUCCGCGACGCCGGGCUCUGCCUCCGCGUCUCGCUCGACACCCACGGCUCCGCUCUCCCCGGCUGGGCUGCGAGGGCAGCCGCCGCCGAUCCCGACAUCCUCUUGACCGACCGUUCCGGGAACCGCCGCGAGGGGUGUCUCUCCUUCGCCGUCGACGAGCUCCCGGUUCUUGGCGGCAAGUCGCCGCUCGAGGCCUACGAGGCCUUCUUCCGCAGCUUCGCCGCCGCCUUCCAUGACUUCUUGGGCUCGACCAUUACGGAUGUGACGGUGAGCCUGGGUCCCAACGGCGAGCUCCGGUACCCUUCGUAUCCGCCAGGGAGCGACGGCUACUCCGGCGCCGGCGAGUUCCAAUGCUACGACAAGCACAUGCUGGCGCGGCUGAAGCAGCACGCCGUGGCGGCGGGGCAGCCACUGUGGGGCUUGUCGGGGCCCCACGACGCGCCACGGUACGGCGAGUCGCCGGAGACCUCCACCUUCUUCAAGGCCCACGGUGGGUCGUCGGAGACCGCGUACGGGAGCUUCUUCCUGUCGUGGUACGCCGGGGAGCUCCUGGCGCACGGUGACCGCGUCCUGGCCGCGGCGUCCAGGGUGUUCGGCGGAGAACCCGUCGAGCUGUCUGCGAAGGUGCCGCUCCUGCGGUCGCGCCCCGCGGAGGCCACCGCGGGUCUCCACGGCGGGUACGGCCCCGUUGCCGAGAUGUUCGCGCGCCACGGAUGCACGGUGAUCGCCUCAGGCAUGGACGGCGCCGCCGGGCCAGCCGCGGAGGCGCUCCUCGCCCAGGCCAAGUCCGCGUGCGCGGAGCGCGGCGCGCGCCUCGCCGGCGAGAGCGCGUCGCUCGCCGUGGCGCGCGACGGCGACGGCUCCCCCGCCGCCUGGGGCGGCCUCCUCGCCGCCGAGCGCACGCGGCCGUGCCACUUCACGUACCAGCGGAUGGGCGCGGACUUCUUCUCGCCGGACCACUGGCCGCUGUUCGUGCAGCUGGUGCGCGCCAUGGAGUGCCCCGACGAGGCGCACGAGGACGACCUCCCCGGCCGGUUCGCCGUGCCGUCCGGCGGCCGCGCAGCAGCGGACGCCACGGCGAAGCAGGCGCAGGCAGUGUAAGCCGCCGCCGCCGCUGGCUCGCCGGCGUCUCGUAGCUGUGCUGUACAUAUGUGCAGUAGUAAUUACAAGUACUACUGUAAUUACAGCAGUACAAUUACUACAAAUUUAUCAGUAGGAAAUCAGCGGUAAAAUUCUUGGUGUUUAGCUGAGAAUUAUGAGAUGGGAUGUCCCUGUAUUAGUGGGGGUCGAUUGUAUUUUGUCAAAAUGGUAUUUUGUAAUGAUCUUUAUGAUCGCAAUUGAGGUUGUAUUCUAGUGAUGCUAUUGCAGUAUUACUACCUCAAGAUGAGACAAUUCUACUCCCUA